CUCUUCGUAAUCGUUUCGCAUAAACUUUUUCCCAACAAAGAUUUCAUUUUAUAGGAUCGAUCCUUCAUUUCAAUGGAGUCUUCUUCAACUUUAUCCGUUCACAAGAGCUUUAAGUAUGAUGUGUUUUUGAGUUUCAGGGGAGAAGAUACUCGUAAGAACUUUGUUGAUCAUCUUUAUCAUGCUCUGCAGCACAAAAGUAUUCACACAUACAAGGACGACGUGAGAAUCAAGAAAGGGAAAAGAAUAAGUGAUGAGCUCAUAGGAUCCAUUAAAGAUUCAAAAUUCUACAUCAUUGUUUUCUCCAAGAACUAUGCAUCUUCAUCUUGGUGUUUGGAUGAGCUUGUGAAGAUAAUGGAAUGCCACAGGACGAAGGAACAUACCGCUUACAACGUCUUCUAUGACGUAGAACCUUCUGAUGUCCGGAAACAAAGCGGGGCAGUGGGAGAAGCAUUUGCAGAACAUGAAAAGAAAGGGGCUGCUGGGAAAUGGAGACAGGCUUUGAAAGAAGCAGCGGAUCUGGGUGGAUGGGUGUUGAAAAAUACCAAGGAUGGGCAUGAAGCUAAAUUCAUCCAAAAGAUUGUUGAGGAGCUUUCACUGGAGUUACGUUCUAUUAGUUUCAACAUUGAUGAAAAUUUAGUUGGAAUGGAGUCCCGGAUCAAUGAUGUUUUAUCAUCUUUAGGAACCGGUACUGAUGAUGUUCGUAUGAUGGGGAUUAAGGGGAUCGGAGGUGGUGGGAAAACAACUUUGGCCAGAGCUCUUUUUGAUCAAAUAUCCUUUCAAUUUGAAGGUAAAAGCUUCGUCGAGAAUGUGAGGGAAGUUUCAACUGUAUCUUUCUUCGGUUUGAAGUCUUUGCAAAAUCAACUCCUUUCAGAUGUUUUGAAUGAUAAAAAAAUCAGAAUAAAAGAUGUUUCUGAUGGAAAACACCAGAUAAAAAGGAUGAUGCGUCAUAGAAAAGUUCUUGUUGUUCUAGAUGAUGUGGAUCACAAAGACCAGCUUGAGGCUUUAGCUGGUGAACCUAGUUGGUUUAUGCCGGGAAGUAUAAUUAUCAUCACAACAAGAGACAAGCAAGUGUUGGUAGCACACCAUGUGAAGUUAAUUCGUGAUGUCAAUUUGUUAUCGGAUAAGGAAGCAAUUUGCCUCUUCAAUAGGUAUGCUUUUGGGAGAGAGAUUCCGGUUCAAGAGUAUGAUGAAAAUCUAACAAGCCAAGUUGUACGUUAUGCCGCUGGUCUUCCGUUAACGAUCAGAGUUUUGGGUUCGUUUCUUUGUGGUAAAAAUGAGCCUGAAUGGAAAGAUGCCCUAGAACGACUAAAAACAAUUCCGUUAAAUGAGACCCUGAAAAAAUUGGAACUAAGCUAUAUUGCUCUAGAGGAGGAUUACAAGGAAAUGUUUCUAGAUGUUGCAUGCAUCAUGAAAGGUUGGCGGAAAGACGAUGCAAUCAAAGCGCUUGAAAGCUGUGGGUUUCAUGCUAUAAAUGGUUUAAGAGUUCUUGAGCAAAAAUCUCUCAUAACUAUUCACGAUAAUUCUGAUGAUUACAAGUAUGUGAGCAUGCAUGACCAUAUUGAAGAAAUGGGCAGAAAUAUUGUACGUCGCUCGCACCCGGACAAACCUCACAAACAUACCCGAUUGUGGAUCUACGAAGAAAUUGAAAAUAUAUUGGCUAAUGAUUUGGGUACUAAAGGGACAAGGUGCAUUCGGCUUGAUACUCAAAUUCACGACCGGAAAUUUGAUAUAAAAGGACUUGGAAAGAUGAAGGAACUUAGAUUUCUUUACGUGGGAGCUGUUCGUUCUCGGCAUUGGGAUUCUAAUAUAGUCAACCCCGAAUUUCCAAAUGCUUUACGAUACUUGAGUUUGAUGUAUUACCCAUUUAGGUCUUUACCCAUAACAUUUCAAGCUAAUAACCUUGUUGCACUUAAGAUGGUUGGCAGUGAAAUCAUACAACUUUGGGAAGGGGGAGAAAGAAAGGUUCUUAACAAGCUGAGAAUCCUGGACCUUAGUUCUUCAAUGUUGACUACCCUUGACCUUGGACUUGCUCCAAAUCUUGAGAAGUUGGAUCUUGGAGAGUGUUCUAAUUUAGUAAAACUUCACAUGUCUGUUGAAUGUUUAAAGCUAGUAUAUGUCAACCUCCGAGGUGCAAGGUUGAUCACGAACCUUGACCUUAGGCUGGCACCAAAUCUGGAAGAGUUGAUUCUUAGCUUUUGCAACAAUUUGGAAAAACUUCAGAUGCCCGAUAGAUGUCUAAAUCUCAGAUACUUACUACUCGAGCGUUCAAAGUUGAGGACCUUUGACAUUGGGCUGAAUCCAAAUCUCAGCAAAUUAGAUCUUGGAGAUUCUCAUUACUUGGAAGAACUUUACAUGGGGCAUGAAUGUCAAAAGCUCGCCAAUCUCAACAUCAGUCAUUCGAAGUUGAGGACCCUUAACCUUGGGCUUACUAUGAAUCUCGAGACGUUAUAUCUUCGACUAUGUUGUCAUUUGGUAGAACUUCACAUGCCCAUUGAAUUUUUAAAGCUCAAAUACAUCAACCUUGAAGGUUCAAGUUUGAGGACCCUUGAUCUUGGGCUCGCUCCAAAUCUUGAAGAGUUGUAUCUUGUUGAAUGCAACAAUUUGGAAGAACUUCACAUGCCCAAUAGAUGUCUAAAUCUCCAAUCUUUACGACUUACUAAUUCAAAGUUGAGGACCCUUGACAUUGGGCAGACGCCAAAUCUCAGAAAUCUAGAUCUUUAUAAAAAUUCUCACCUGGAAGAACUUUACAUGGGAAAUGAAUGUCAAAUGCUCACCAACCUCAACAUUAGUCAUUCAAAGUUGAGAACCCUUGACCUUGGACUGACUCCAAAUCUCGAGAGGUUAGAUCUUGAAAAAUGUUGUAAUUUGGUAGAACUUCUCCCUCCCAUUGGUGGUCUGAAAAAGCUUGUUCACCUAUACUUACGUACUCUAGGGUUUGAACAUUUUUCGUUUGAGAUAAAGAACUAUACUUCUUGUAGUGUUGAUGAAUCACUUGAGGAAUAUACUUGUAGUGUUGAUGAAUCACUUGAGGAAUAUACUUCUUGUGUAUUUGAGGAUUACACUUCUUGUAGUGUUGAUGAAUCACUUGAGGAAUAUACUUCUUGUAAUGCUGAUGAACCACUUCAGGAUUAUACUUCUUGUGUAUUUGAGGAUUGCACUUCUUGUAGUGUUGAUGAAUCACUUGAGGAAUAUACUUCUUGUAGUGUUGAUGACCCACUUGAGGAUUAUACUUCUUGUGUAUUUGAGGAUUACCCUUCUUGUAGUGUUGAUGAAUCACUUGAGGUUGGCCCUUUAGCUGAGUUGCAUCUGAGUGUGAAGUCUGUAGAUAGCUGCCUACUUCAUCCCGAAAAUAGCUUGCCAAAGUUUCAGUUUAGUUGUUACUAUGUAGAAGGUCGACCUUCAUCCAUUGGAAAUGUUGAGAUGCUUAUUUCUCUAGGUAUGUGUGCUUGCACAAAUCUGGAGACGUUUUCAGGAAUUAUUUGUGGGUUACGAUGUUUAAGAAGGCUUGAACUCAAAGGUAAUAUUAUAGAGGUGCUCAAGGAUCUUGACAAGUUAGAAUGUCUCGAGGAGCUAAGUUUUUCAUCUACAGAGAUUAUGUAUCUUCCAGAUAGCAUUUGUAUGUUGAAAAAUCUGAAAUCUCUCCAAAUUAUUUCAUGUUUUCUUCAUGGGAAGUUACCUGAGGAUCUUGGCCAAUUAGAAUGUUUAGAGAGUCUAGAUUUGUCAGAUACAAAUAUUGAACAUCUUCCGGAUAACAUUUUUAUGUUGAAAAAUCUGAGAUAUCUCAAUCUUAAAUCGUGUUCGGAUCUUGAAAAGUUACCCGAAAAUCUUGGGCAAUUAGAAUGUUUAGAGAAUCUAUAUUUGUCAGAUACAAAUAUUAAACGUCUUCCGGAUAGCAUUUUUAUGUUGAAAAAUCUAAGAUAUCUCAAUCUUAAAUCGUGUUUGCUGCUUAAAAAGUUACCCGAAGAUCUUGGCCAAAGCUUCUUGAUUCGUGUGGGUUUACAUCCGAGAUGCAAACCUUACAUGUAUAUGAUCCACCCCCAUUCACGAUGGAACUAUUGUAAUAGGAGUUCAGAUGAUCAGGAAGCAAUCAUCACACAUCGUUAUCAUUGUGCAUGUGCUGCUGAUAGAACUGGACAUGAAACAUAUCACAGUUCCUUGCGGAAAUAUUUGUUGGCUUUGGAUCUAAUCAUGGGUAGUGAUGACAGCUGCCAUGGUGAUAUUGCACUGAACAUGGAGGAUGCAUGGGACGCUGAAGUUGAGGAUGGUGAUAUUGCUCUUAGGGACGAAGAUGAGGUGGAAGAAGACAUUGGAGGGUUUGAUGAUGAGAGAUGAACCUGGGUUUAAUGAUCUUGGGAAGUAAUUUUUAGUUGGUCACUUUUGGAACUACUUUUUGGUUUGUUAUUUAAGAUUCAUGGACUUGUUAUUGUUAUGGUUUUAACGUUUCUUGUGG